UCCCUUUUGUCUCCUCAUAUCCACUAAUAACAGAAGAAACAGAAACAUUUCAUUUCAUUACAGGAUCUUCACAACUUUCUCUCUUCUUAUCCUUCAUUAUCUAUAAUAAGAUCGAGAGCUAGCAGCUACUGCUGCAGCUUAAUUUUGGUCUAUUUUCUUGUAUUGAGAAGAUUAUUGGAAGCAAGUUUUUUGUUUUCGUUUUCAAGAAUUCUUCCCAAAACCAAUAAUACAAAAUGGUCACUUUGAUGUCUCAAGAAAACAUUGUUGCUUUGGUAUCUCGCACUGGAAGGCAUUUGCAACGAUACAACAAGGGUCGUCGCCAAGUCGUAGGAUGCAUACCAUACAGAUACAGGAUUACAAACCGGACUUCCAUUGAAGAUGCAGGAGAUUUAGAAGUUCUUGUCAUCAGUUCUCAAAAAGGCAAAGGGAUGUUGUUCCCAAAGGGAGGUUGGGAAACAGAUGAAUCCAAAAUAGAGGCAGCUUCACGGGAGACCCUAGAGGAAGCAGGGGUUCGAGGCAUUAUCGAGUCUGAACUGGGUCAAUGGAGUUUCAAGAGCAAAAGCCAUGAUACAUAUUAUGAAGGAUUCAUGUUCCCUUUGCUUGUUCAAGAGCAGUUAGAUUUCUGGCCUGAGAAGAAUGCCCGAAAAAGAAUAUGGAUGAGCGUGCAAGAAGCUAGAGAAGUUUGUCAGCAUUUGUGGAUGAAGGAAGCCUUAGAUAGAUUUGUAAGUCGGCUGACUUCUCAACAAUCUGCUGAGGAACAAGCGAGGCCUACAUGUGCAAUAAGCUAGUACGACAAAUCUGAUUUGUAAAUAGGAAAUUGUUGAAGCACACAUCAAUCUUGCUGUAAUACCAGAUGAACUAAGGAAAAAUAGGAUCCAAAAAGCAAGAAAGAGUGACUUAGAAAAAGGGAUAGCAGAAAGUUGGCUAUUCUGUUUCUUGUUUAGCUUUCUUGGAAUUCUCCUCCAAGAAAAAAAGGAAAAAAAAAAAAAAAGAGAAAAAGAAUCCGGAGGUAAGCUGUGCUAAAGCUACGAAUGUAGCUAGCUGAGGUUUAGAAACUUGUUCACGAAAUUUGUACAUGGUUUCUAAUGAUAAGAAAGUUCUUGUUUCAGAAUUCAUCUUUUGGGGCAUCUCAUUAUGUGAACAUGGUGACUGUAAAAUGACUUCAUUGGUGACUCUUUUUUGUCAACUUCAGCAUGGGAGUUAGUCUAA